GAGGGAAGAUACACCAGAUGAUAAAGUUUUUGGUUCCUGCGUCUUGGCAGUUUUCAUGAUAGUAGCAAUAGCGAUAACUUCAUUCUGAGUUUUUCAGAUUCAUCAUCCUCAUCAAUUCACCUUAAGAGUUUUUUUUUCUAAAAUUCAAAAAAAUAGUUUAAUCAACUUCGGGUACCAAGAUGGCUGAAGAUUUAACCAAAGAACAAGUUCAAAUGCUUAGAAAAGCAUUCGACAUGUUUGAUCGGGAGAAAAAAGGUUACAUCGCUUGUAACAUGGUCUCGACUAUUUUAAGAACACUUGGUCAAACCUUCGAGGAAUCUGAUCUCCAACAGUUGAUCGAGGAAAUUGAUGCCGAUGGUAGUGGUCAACUCGAAUUCGAUGAAUUCUUGACCCUUUGUGCUCGAUUCUUGAUUGAAGAAGAUGCUGAAGCCAUGCAAGAAGAACUUCGAGAAGCUUUUCGUUUAUACGAUAAGGAAGGAAAUGGUUACAUUAAGACUUCCGAUUUGAGAGAGAUCCUUCGAGCUCUUGAUGAUAAAUUAACUGAAGAUGAGCUUGAUGAGAUGAUCGCCGAAAUCGAUACUGAUGGAUCAGGAACAGUUGAUUUCGAUGAAUUCAUGGAAAUGAUGACCGGAGAUUAAAUGAUACGCUUUUAGAUUGGAUUGAAAUGGAACAAAAGGGAAAAGUAACAAUUUAACAUCGAACAACAAUUUAAACUAUUCAUUUAAGAACCAAUAUCUUUGCAGAUAAUUUACCAAUUAUUGUAACAAUCAAAAGAAGAUUACACAUUGAAUACUUCGUGUUUGUUAAAAUCCGAAAAUUGCUGCUUAAAUAAAACCUUAAAGUUCAGCGACAACAA